AUGGACGUCACCUCCCCUUCCCCGGAUCCGUCCGGAAACCUUAUCACUGAGUCAGGGCUCGCUGCCGCUCUCGACACCUUGGAGGAUGCUGCUCUGGACGAGUGCGUCUCUCGCCAUCUCACCGAAGGUGGCGAUGAUCGUCUGCACCUCAACGACGCCGGUGUGAAUAAAUACUAUUGUCCCCCGCGCCCGUUGCCGAAAGAAGUCGUCAUCCGUGGCAGUUGCACCUGUUCAUCACCGACUCCAGAUGGCUUCGAAGCUGCGCGAGUCGCGCUCCGUAGUCUCUGGAAUGGUCGCACUGAUUUCGGGACCUGCACCGCCGACAUUCGCUCGCGCCUAUCCAAAGUCUUGCAAAUAUCUGUACCUCAUGAAGUCAUCUUGCAUCCCUCCGGCUCCGACGCAGAGUUGAUUCCGUUGGCGAUUGCCGCUGCUAAAGCGAGGGAGCUGGCGUGCACGGGCGUGGUAAAUAUUGUAGCUGCUGCCGGCGAAGUCGGUUCCGGAACCGCUCCUGCCGCUGGAGGCCGACAUUUCAGUGAGUUCGCACCCAGCGGCCAAAUUGUGAAGAACGGCGAUCUCAUCGCUGACUUUCCGGCUGCAACAACGGUCGUGGAGCUUAAACCUCGAAGUGAUGAUGGUCAAUUGAUUGAUAAUUAUGACGAGCUCGUCAUGAACGUUGUUCGCGAACAUGAGCAGGUCGGGCGGUCAUGCUUUGUCGUCCAUGCAGUCGAUGGGUCUAAAACUGGACUACGCCUUCCAAGUCAGGAGCUUCUUGAAAGGCUACAACUAGACCUGGGCGAAAGGUUGCUCGUUGUCCUUGACGCCUGUCAAUGUCGUUCAGAAUCAACGGAACUCGAUUGGUUUCUCCAACGUGGUGCGGUGAUUCUCGUGACGUCUAGCAAGUUCUUUUCCGCCCCGGGAUUCUGUGGUGCCGUUCUUGUACCAAAAGACUCUUCUCUGGGUGUCCUGAGGGAUGGCCCUACGCCGCUAGGCUUGAGCGACUAUUUGACAAGGCACGAAGUACCGCAGUCCAUCACGGCUUUGCACAAUAGUCUUCCGCAUGGACCGAAAAAUAUUGGCUUGUUGUUACGCUGGAUAUGUGGGAUUACCGAGAUGGAAAUGUUCACAGCAAUGGGUGACAGUGUGAAAGUAGCGAUGCGAGAGUGGGUCUAUGGUGUGCGGAAUCUUGUUUGCAAGCGACGCCCAGCGCUGGAGUUGAUUGAUGUCGAGUGCGCCGAAUGUGAUGGUGACAUGACUCGUGCCGGCGGAGUGAACUCUGUUGUGAGCAUCAAGUUUCUGACAAAGUGUGGACUUGCUCACCUAGAUGCGGGUACGCUUCGUCGGACUCACCGGCACCUAACAAUCGAUGCGUCAAAGAUUCUUCCUUCGCAUGCGACCGAAGAAGAGCGCAAAAUCGCAUCAUUAAGAUGCAUGGUCGGACAGCCCGUUAAGCUUGGAGGCUUCGGUGUUCUCCGCCUUGCCAUAGGAGCACCCAUGGCUCGGGACCUUGCUCGACCGGGAAGGCUGCAAGAGGCGCUGAAAGAGGACGCGAAUGUCUUGGACAAGAUGAUAGUUAUGGGCAAGUAUUGCGAAGAAAUUCGCGAAUAGUUGGUGUGGCACAAGCGAGCUAAGGUGAAGCGGGUCGCGCAUGGAGAUAUAACGUUGACGCGAUGCUAGGCUUCACGCUGUCGCACCUGCACGUCGUGCUCGUGACAAAGGGGUGGACGUGCUUGCUCUGUGGGACUCAGUUUAGAAACAAAGAUGUUUGGCUGGUCAAAAAAUUACUGAAAAAAUCAAAAAGAAAAUCUAGAUGUAGAAGAACUUUUUUCUAGGUAACUGUGGAACUUGAUGUGGAAUGAAUGCUCGCUGUUGUGUGAGGCAGGCAGCCUGCCGCCUCCAGCAUGUUUUAUGAACUUUAGUUUCGCGACAAGAUUAGGGGCAUGUGAAAUGUUAGGAUGUAAAUGGAAACCGUUCUCCCCACAAAAUGGAGAGAAGCCAGAUUUCGACGUUCAGG